AUGGAAGAAAAAAUGGAAGAAAUAAAUAAAAAAUGUCCAAACGUUACUCGUCUCUACAGUGUUGGUAAAAGCGUUGAGGGAAGGCAAUUAGCCGUUAUUGAAUUUUCAUUGCACCCUGGACGUCAUCAAACACUUAAACCAGAAGUUAAAUAUGUUGGGAAUAUGCAUGGAAAUGAAGCUAUUGGAAGGGAACUUUUAAUUCGUUUAGCGGAUUAUUUAUGUGAUGCUUGGAGAGGGGCUCAAAGACCGAUUGUUGAAUUAUUAAAUUCAACAAAUAUUCAUAUUAUGCCGUCAAUGAAUCCUGAUGGAUUUGAAUUGGCCUACAAAACUAAACCAGAAGAUCGUGGCUGGCUAACAGGAAGAGGAAAUGCCCAUGGCGUUGACUUAAAUAGAAAUUUCCCAGAUUUAAAUACCCUCUUUUACUUUAUGGAAUCAAAAAGCUGGCCUUUUUAUGACCAUUUACUAGAAUUAUUCCAAAAUCCAAACCAACAACAUUUUGAGCCAGAAGUUAGUUCUGUUGGGGAAUGGAUACUCUCUUGGCCUUUUGUUAUUUCUGCAAAUCUGCACGAAGGGGAUAUGGUAGCUAAUUACCCCUUUGAUGAAAGUCGAGAACCGAUGUCUUUAAGUGCUUAUUCUAAAUCACCUGAUGAUGCUACUUUUAGAUAUCUUGCCGAAACAUAUGCAAAAGCACAUGCACAUAUGGCUAAAAACGAUCAUGAACCCUGCGAUGGAACAGCACAAAAUAAUUUUGCUAGACAAGGGGGAAUUACUAAUGGAGCUAAAUGGUAUUCUGUUGCUGGUGGAAUGCAGGAUUUUAAUUAUUUGGCUACAAAUGCCUUUGAAAUAACAUUAGAAUUAGGAUGUGAAAAGAUGCCCAAUCCCCAACAAUUACCACAAUUUUGGGCAGACAACAAAAUAGCUUUACUCGAAUUUAUUCGUCUUGCACAUAUGGGUAUUAAAGGAAUUGUUCAAGAUUCAGAAACGGGUGAACCAAUUCCAAAUGCUGUUGUUUGGGUUAGAAAUGUAACAAAAAAUGGAGAAGGAAAAGGAAAUGCAAUUAAACAUCCAGUUACUACAUGGAUCACUGGUGACUAUUUCCGCCCUCUAAUUGCUGGACAUUACCAAAUAGCGGUUGAGGCUGAAGGUUAUGAAAUUGGUGUUAGAGCUGUUAAUUUAAGUUCAAAUAAUGUUAUUGAACGUCGUCCAGUUAUUUUAAACUUUAAAUUAAAUCCAAUAAAACAAAAAGAAGAACAACAAUUAAUUGUUACACCUGAGGAAAAUGGAGAGGAAGCACAAGAAUUGGAAAGUGAACCAGAACAGGAAAAUGAAAAUGAGGGAAUGCUUACACCUGAACAAGCAGCAGAAUUUAUUCAACUUUUACGUUUACAACAAAUGGCGAGAGAACAACAACAACGUUUUUAA